AUGGCAGAACCAUCAACAGCUGAUUACAUAUUUAAAAUUGUUCUGACGGGCGACUCCGGUGUUGGCAAAUCGAAUUUAUUGUCACGUUUUACUCGAAAUGAAUUUUCACUGGAAAGUCGCUCGACGAUCGGAGUCGAAUUCUCCACAAAAGAAGUUCAAGUUGACGGCAAAACUAUCAAAGUGCAAAUAUGGGACACCGCCGGUCAAGAACGUUUCAUGGCAAUCACAAAAGCCUAUUAUCGUAACGCGCUAGGUGCACUCGUUGUUUUUGAUAUUCUCAAAGCAUCAACAUUCCAAAAUCUUGAUCAAUGGUACAAUGAGGUUCGAGCGAAUGCUGGUAUCGACUGCUGUAUUAUCUUAGUAGGGAAUAAAUUAGAUCAGCGACAUAUACGUGCGGUACUUAGUGAUGAUGCUAAGCGAUACGCCGAAGAGCGAAAUAUUCAAUAUGUGGAAACAUCCGCUUUGGAUGCUACGAAUGUUGAACAAGCAUUUCGAACAUUGAUUGCUGAUAUUUACCGUCAUUGGGCAGCACGAAUGGAUUCGAUGAAAGAUGAAAGAUCUAUGCCAUCGCCAGGUUCUCAAGUAAUCAAACCUGGAGAUUCGACGAUACCAACAAAUUCCUCAACUUCAGCGAAUUCUUGUUGCGGAAGUUUUACAUAA